AUGUCCGGAGUCAUUAGCAAGCGCCAGCAGGCGCGUAAUGAGAAACAGCUUCAAGAGCUGGUUCAGACCGUAACGGGCAACAACAUCUGUGCCGACUGCUAUGCGCGCAACCCAGCAUGGGCCUCAUGGAGUUUGGGCGUCUUCCUCUGCAUGCGAUGUGCUGCUAUUCACCGAAAGCUCGGCACCCAUAUUUCCAAGGUCAAAUCGCUUAGCAUGGACAGUUGGUCAAACGAACAAGUCGAUAACAUGCGCAAGGUCGGCAAUCUCGCUUCGAACCGUAUAUACAACGCAAGCAACAAGAAGCCCCCUGUGACGAUCGACGUCGACGAGGCCGAUUCAGCCAUGGAGCGUUUCAUACGACAAAAAUACACCCACGAUACCACAGCUCAGUCCAACAAGCCACGAAGCCCAAUAUCCGAUGAAGGAACCCCUCCACCGCUGCCGCCAAAGAACUCCAAAUUUGGCUUCCGCGCAGCUUUUUCACGAUCUAAAACUUUACCCAAUAGGUCGCCUACUGAGUAUGCACCGGGCUCGCCUCCAUUGACGAAUAAGCCGUCAAAGGUGUUUGGUGCCACGGUGGAUUACGAUGCCCCAGAUGAGACUGACAAGAAGCUAAUCAAGCUGCGAGAAAUGGGUUUCCAGAACAACCAACGAAAUUCCAUUGUGCUUAAGGGAGUUAGUGGUGAUGUUGAACGUGCUGUUGAGGCUCUUGUGCGAUUAGGCGAGGGAGAUCAACCUCCUCCUGCGCCACCCAAGGAAAAGACGCUUCGCGCCACGAGAUCUUUGACACCGAUGAUGCCCAAUUCGUCUGGAUUGACAGGGGGCUUGACCGUUGUUAAACGAGCCGAAACGGAUCGCCCAACAACAUCCUCGACUGUAUCUACGAACCCAUUCGACAUGUUGAACCGCGCGCAGCCUCAAACAGCCCACUCUACAGGCUCGAUGCACAACACCAAUCCCUAUGGCACCUCAACGAAUCCAUACGGCGUCGCGUCUGCACAGGCCAGCCCUAUCGACCUGGCGUUCCAGAACCUGACACUUUCCCAGCAUCAGACAGGGGCAGCUCCAAACGGUGCAGGACUUUCCUUGCCAGCGCCGCCUCCGCUGCAAAUGUAUGGCCACUCUGCGCCGUCCAGCCCUCAGCUGCAGAAUGGAUCGGGCCUGUCCCCUCAUACUGGUUAUCCCUUCCACCAGAACCAACAGAGUAGCUUGCAGCCACAGCCGACUGGAUUCAAUCCAUACUUCUCGCAACCUGCACAUGGAAUGCAACAGCAGCAGCAGCAGCAGCAGUCAUUUUAUGCUGCGCAAAGUGGUAUGGCAGUGAAUACGAGCCAGAUGAGCGGGCAGAUGGCUUCAAAUCCGUUUUUACGAUCACCCACGAGAGUCGCGUCGCCGCCACCCCUGGGUCAGAUUUCAGAGACGGCGACGUUUAGUACGUCACCACUGCCGCUGGCCUCGCCUGGAACAAACCCGUUCUUUUCCGCGCAACCGAGCCUGCCGUCGCCUGGUGCUCAGCAGCAGCAGCAGUACAUGCAGCCGCAGCAGCAGUAUCUACAGCAACAGCAACAUGUGUUCCAGCGGCAGCCGCAGCAGCAACAUGUAUUCCAGACGCAGCCGCAGCAGCAAACACAACAAUUUGCGCAGCAGCCGUUCCAGCAGCAGCCGUUCCAGCAGCAACUGUUCCAGCAGCAGCAAAUGUUUCAACCCCAGCAGGCGUAUCAGCAAUACCACCCCCCUCGGCACGACAAGGCAUCCAUCAUGGCGCUGUACGGGCAAACGCCAAAACCGCAACCGCAACCGCAACUGCAAGCCCAAGCGCAGAGCAUCCCGGAGAACCAGGCUGUCGAAGCCUUUGCGGGACCAAGCAUACCGACAGCAUUACAACAACCCCGUAGCGUGUCGCAGCCGCUACCUGGAACAAACCCCUUUGCAUCCAGCAUACAGCAAGCUCCCUCAGUGACAGCGGGAGUCUCAGUGGAUGCAUACAAGACUGGGCGGCAAAUUAGCCGUGAGAGCAUGAACUUGGGGCUGGACAUGGCGUGGACCAACAAUGGGCGGCACAGCCCAGAUGCCUUUGCAAGCCUGAGCGCGCGGCAUGAUGUUGCUCCCCAGGUCAACGUCCUUGCCUCAUGCUACAUUGUCGGUACCACGGCCCAGCUCAAGGGCCUCCACUACUGCACUCCCGGGGUUACAGGUAAGAGAGGGCGGAGUGGUAUUCCUGAGGUCCCUACCUCAGGACUCCCAUCCCCACCAACAAGCCCCCCCCUCGCCGCAAUCACCUCGUCCAACGAGCUCGCCCUUUUGCCCAAGCAGAGCAAGAGACGCGACAUCCCGGGCGGUCGUCGCCGGGACCGGCGAGGGGGGGCAGCACUCGCGAUCAGGGAAGAAUGUGAGAGAUUCUUUUGCGAGCCCAUGAAGACAGCAUUCCACGGUGAGAGGAACCUGUCGAUGCAUGGCUCCGGCCUGACCGGUGCUUACUUGCAGACGCCGCCAGCAGAGAACCAGCUGCGCGCCAGUGCCGACCGCAGCGGCGACAACGACGGUGGCGUGCCGUCUGCCGGCAACUUCGAAGUCGAUGCCUGGAUGGAAGUCUGGGACUACAUCGGCGGCGCCAGCUUCCGCGCCUUCCUGGCCACCCGCGGCGAGGGCGGCGACGCGGAGCGGUCGCUCUUCGUCUUCUUCGACCUGCAGGGCGUCGCCGGACGCGACCUCAAGAAGGCUCUGAUGGCGCUCAUCGAGCUCGCUGAGGGCCCACUCGGCUGCCGCACCAUCGUGACGUGCAUGGACCGCCGCAUGCCCGUCGACGAGGCCCUCGAGCUGACCAAGAGCCUCCAGUGGGUCGGCUUCGAGAUGACCACGCUCGAUCACUGGGCCAACGACGUCGAUGUCACUAGCAGGCAGUGGCUCUUCAUGGGCAUGGAGCUCUAG